AUUCUUGAUGAUGAGUUCCCACUUUUCCACCCCCAAUCCAGCCGGUCGUCGGCCGCUCUGCACCUUUCUCGUCAUUGUCGUCAGUCUUCUAUAUUCCCCGUUCAGCUCUGCAGCGGCUCCUACGCUACGACGUAAUCCAUCCAUAUCCUUCUUCCCCCACCGAACUCCCUCCUUGACUUGACCUUUAUUCGUGCUUAUCCUCUCACCAUGGAGCCCCGCGAGCAGAGAUCCUAGCAGAUCCAUCCGGCCAAAGAAGAUGAACCCGGAAAAGCUCACCCUCCUCCUCGUGAACCUCGCCGGGAUCAUGGAGAGGGCCGACGAGUCCCUCCUCCCGGGGGUCUACAAGGAAGUCGGCGCCGCCCUCCACACUGACCCCACCGGCCUCGGCUCCCUCACCCUGUUCAGGUCCGCCGUUCAGUCCUUGUGCUACCCGAUCGCCGCUUACUUGGCCUCACGCCACAAUCGAGCUCAUGUGAUUGCGCUGGGGGCGUUCCUGUGGGCCGCAGCUACUUUCCUCGUCGCCUUCUCCUCCACUUUCGCUGAGGUUGCUAUAUCUCGAGCUUUGAAUGGGAUCGGGCUCGCAAUUGUCGCCCCUGCAAUCCAGUCCCUCGUGGCCGACUCGACUGACGAUCACAACCGUGGAACUGCUUUCGGGUGGCUACAACUGACCGGCAACCUUGGGGCUAUCAUUGGUGGGCUCUUCUCCGUCAUGAUAGCUCCGUUCACUUUCAUUGGAAUCCCAGGGUGGAGGGUCUCCUUCCAUCUAGUCGGGCUUAUCAGCGUAAUUGUCGGUAUUUUGGUCCGCCUAUUUGCGAGUGACCCGCAUUUUACUGACACGGGGGCCAAAGGUAGCAUCCAGGAAGAGCCGGGCAAGUCCAUUUGCUCAGAGGUGAAAGACUUGGUCAAGGAGGCGAAGUCGGUCAUCAAAGUACCUUCUUUCCAGAUUAUUGUGGCUCAGGGGGUCACCGGUUUAUUCCCCUGGUCUGCCCUCUCUUUUGCACCAAUGUGGCUCGAGCUCAUGGGAUUCUCUCACAACAAAACUGCGUUUCUCAUAGCCCUGUUUGUGGUUUCGAGUUCACUCGGGGGCCUGUUCGGAGGGAAAAUGGGAGAUUUUCUCUCUUUACGACUCCCAAACUCGGGGAGGAUAAUUCUCGCGCAGAUUAGCUCAGCCUCAGCAGUCCCACUCGCAGCUAUACUUUUGCUGGGUUUACCUGGCGAUCCGCCUUCAGCAGCUGCCCACGGUAUAGUCCUCGUGAUCAUGGGCCUGUGCAUCUCAUGGAAUGCACCGGCAACAAAUAAUCCUAUAUUCGCAGAGAUAGUUCCAGCGAAGUCCCGAACAAGUGUCUAUGCACUGGACCGGUCCUUCGAGUCCAUUUUAUCAUCCUUCGCUCCCCCCAUAGUUGGGAUCCUAGCUCAGCACGUCUACGGCUACAAACAGCUUCCUCAGGGCUCCAGUACGUCCCAAGAGAUCGAGACAGAUCGAAAGAACGCGACUUCACUGGCCAAGGCACUUUACGCAGCAAUUGGCAUCCCGAUGACUCUGUGCUGCAUCAUCUACUCAUUUCUCUACUUUACGUAUCCGAGAGAUAGGGAAAGGGCCCGCAUGGAGGCCCUAAUAGAGUCGGAGAUGCAGCACCUGCACUUGGAUGAUUCUUCUUCUUCUUCCUGGAAUCUGAUUAAUGGGCCGGAGGAUACAUUAGUACAGGAGAGAAGCGUAAUUGACAUCAAGUAUGAUGGCGAAGAGUUGCAGGAGCAGGAUCUUGAAGGAGGAGAUGAGAAAGCAUUGCUUUAUCGGCAGUUAACUUUUGCUAAUUUGGGCGAGUGAGUCGGCUAAGGUUCCAAACUCUCAAGGAGAUUCGUUUGCUGGAAACCUCUCCCUUGUAGUGUUUUUCAGAUACGAUGCCUUCAUUUUCAAAAAAAAAAAAAAAAAAAAAAGAGGAAAAGGAAAAUCGAUUAGAUAGAUAUAUGUGUAUAGAUUGCAACAUAUUCAGGCCCAUAACGUACAAGUAAAUACUCGUAGAGAGCCAGUGCUGGUAGUGUUCUUUCUUGGUUGUAGGGAAAGGUUUCUUGUGGCAAUCUGUCCGCACUUCGAUAAAUAACACUAUGGAAAAUGUUCAAUUUCC